GCGAGCACCGGACCGGGGUCCUUGGGUCCUACCGGGAGCGGCCUGAGCAGGGCCAGCCGGGGGCGGAGGGGGGGGGUCCGGGGCAGCGCCGGGUCCCUGCCGUGUUCCCUUGGGGCUCUGCGGGAGGGACCGCGCUCUCCCUGUACCCGGGGAUCCCCGGGGCGGGGGAAAGGAGGGACCGGCUCCUCCGAGCCCCGGAGCCUCCCGGUCCCAGCCGCCCCGUCCCGCAGCAGCGCGGCCAUGGCGAAUCACCUGCGCUUCGUGGGCCGCACCGUGAUGGUGCAGAACGGGAACGUGGAGGCGGCGUACGGCGUCCUGAACAGCUCUGCGUCCCGCCGCUCCCCGGGAUGCGGGUGUCAAUGGAGUGAAAGAAAGGAAUGGCUCAGCACAGAAACUGGCGAGGGCAGCGCUGUUCCUCGAGGAGCUGCGUGCUCAGCGCACACCUUCGCUGGCCCCACAGAAGUGGGGGGGAUUCCUUCCCCUCCUCGCUCUCCUCAUGGCUGGAUAGCGAGGAGAACGAGCUGAGGGUCCCCGCGGGGACCGAGCUAUGCCCAGGGUUUGCAGCGUGGCGUGGUUUGUUCCUCCCUCCUCCUCGCACAUCCCGGAACCUUUCCCGCCGCCGUCACGGCUC